AUGUCUUCUCAAAAUCGUACAUUUGCUUUCGUCGAUUCAAAUGAUGAUUCGAAACAAAUAAUUACCAUGAGUCGACCAAUCAUUAAAGUUCCAUUUCCACCUGUUAUUGAUCCAUAUGAUCUCAUAGUAAAAACUAAAGAUGGAAGAAUCAAAUCUCGUGCUCCUAACGCUUUUAUUAUUUAUCAUAAAAUUUUUAUUGAAACCGCUAGAAAUGAAGGUUAUCAUUUACCAAUAACUGUUAUUUCUUCAAUGUCUUCUCAAUCAUGGGAAAAGGAAAGUGAUGAAGUUAAAGAUGAAUACAAACGUAUUGCUAAAGAAGCUUAUGAAAUUCGUAAUGAAAUGUUACCUAAAUCCCAAAGGAAAAAAAAGAGAGGAAAAUGGAAUAUUAUUACUUUUGAUAAAAAACGAACUCGAAAAGAUAAUUCACUUAAAAUUCAAAAACCUAUUAGAGAGACUACGGAACUAAUUCAAUUUUCUUCUCCUAUUUCUUUUCAAAAUAUUUGUCCAUUUCCACAAUCUGAAUCGUUUAAUAAAACUAGUCAAAAUUUUGAACAAUUUGAUUUUGAUUUGCUUCAACAUAUGAUUCCUAAUGAAAUUAAUAAUUCUGUUGAUUUAAUUAAUUUUGAUUUUGAUAAUAAUAAUCAAUUAUUACUUAGUCCAGGUCUUUCAAAUAUCAGUUCACCUGAAAUAAAUUCACAAAAUGAUUAUAACUUUCAAUCUUCACCAGAAUCAUUUUCAGAUAUAAAUGAAUCACCAAUUAUCACCGAAGAAGAAUUAUUUGAUUUAUUGGAGCAAGUUAAUGAAGAUAAUUCGUAUGCCACGAAUGAGGGACUUGGAAUAUCUGAUUCAAUUGAAUUUGUUCCAACAUCAACGUUAUCUCAUAAUUCAGAAGAAAUUUUAUUUUCUCGUGAAUUGAUAGACAUGAACGCAUUUAAUGAAACAAACAACGCAAUUAAUGCAACAAAUAACGCAAUUAACGCAAUUAACGCAACCGUUACCGUUACUGAACCAAAUAACGUAAUUAACGCAAUCGUUACCGAAUCAAAUAACGCAAUUAAUGCGUGGAAUUUUGAUUAUCCUUAUUAUUUGUAA